CCCCUCUUAUUCCAAUCUUCCUCAAAUAUAUAGCCGUUACACAACCCAUCUCAACCCUCACAACAACAACAACAAACCCCUCAAUCCACAAGAGACACAGAGAGAAACAGAGUGGCAGAGAAAGAAUUUCAAAGACAAAAAUCAGAGGGCUAAUCUAAAGACUUUCCACCAUGACUGUUGAGGUUAAGGCUGAAGAAACCCAGGUGGUUGAGGUUGUUGUUUCAGAACAACCAGAGGAGGCUUUGACGGUUGUUGAAGAGACGCAGAAAGUUGAUGAAUCCAAGCCUAAGAUAGUGGAGAAGAGCUCUUCUUUCAGGGAAGAGAGCAAUUUUCUCUCUGAUCUGAAAGAGAAUGAAAAGAAGGCCUUGAAUGAUCUGAAAUUGAAGCUCGAAUCCGCUAUCCUUGGAAACAAUCUCUUCAAGAAAGAAGAGCAGCCCAAAGAGAUUGCAAAACCAGCAGAGAAAGUUGAAGAGAAGGAGACAGAGAUUGUUGUUGAAUCAGUGAAACAAGAGGGUGAAGAAAAGGAGGAAUUGAAAGUUGAGGAGGGAAAAGUUGAAGGAGGAGAGGAAGAGAAGAAACAAGAAGAGGGUAGUGAAGAAAAAACUGUUGAAUGUGUGAAAACCCAAGAAAAUGAGGAAGAGAAAAAGGCUGAUUUGGUGGUGGUCGAAGAGAAAAUUGCUCAAGUUGAUAGGGAAAUCUCUCUUUGGGGAGUACCCCUUUUGCCUAGUAAAGGCGCCGAGGGAACCGAUGUGCUUCUCUUGAAGUUUUUGAGGGCUAGGGAGUUCAAGGUCAAUGAUGCAUAUGAGAUGCUCGAAAAAACGCUUCAAUGGAGGAAGGACUUCAAGGCUGAUUCAAUCUUGGAUGAGGAUUUGGGCACUGAUUUGUCCCCUGUUGCCUAUAUGAGCGGUGUUGAUCGCGAAGGCCAUCCAAUUUGUUACAACAUUUUUGGGGCUCUUGACAAUGAAGAGCUCUACAAAAAGACGUUUGGGACUGAGGAAAAGCGCGAGGUGUUCUUGAGAUGGAGGUUCCAGUUGAUGGAGAAGGGGAUUCAGAAGCUUGAUUUCAAGGCUGGUGGUGUCAAUUCAUUGCUUCAAAUCAAUGAUCUCAAGAACUCUCCUGGACCAUCGAAGAAGGAGCUUCGCGUCGCUACAAAGCGAGCUGUUGGGCUUCUGCAGGACAACUACCCUGAAUUCGUAGCGAGAAAUAUAUUCAUCAAUGUUCCUUUCUGGUUCUAUGCUUUCAAUGCCCUCUUGUCUCCAUUCCUAACACAAAGAACCAAAAGCAAAUUUGUUGUUGCCCGUCCUGGGAAGGUCACUGUGACUCUACUGAGGUACAUUCCAGUGGAGGAAAUUCCCAUCCAGUAUGGUGGCCUCAAGAGGGACAAUGAUUUUGAGUUUUCAAUUGAAGAUGGUGGAGUUUCAGAACUUAUCAUCAAGGCUGGAUCAAAAGAAACCAUUGAAAUAUCCAUGGCAGAGGUUGGAACCACAUUCAUCUGGGAUCUGACGGUUUUGGGUUGGGAAGUGAGCUACAAGGAGGAAUUCAUCCCCACGGACGAGGGUUCUUAUACCAUUAUUGUUCAGAAGGCUAAGAAGAUGGGAUCGAACGAAGGACCAGUUCGCAACACUUUCAGGAACAAUGAACCUGGAAAAAUUGUGCUUACAAUUGAGAAUAACUCGAGCAAGAAGAAGAAGGUUUUGUAUCGAUACAAGACCAAGAAGAGUGAAAGCUUUUGAGAGAUAUAUGUAUACAACCUUAUUGGCUUGGGGAAUGAGAAGCGAGAGAUGGACAGACGAGAGUGGGGGCAUAUUUUCUUUUUUGUGGAAAUUCUUUUAGGAGUAUCAUUCUUUGGCAUGAUCAAUAAUGCUCUGUAAUUUGAUUUAUUUUGAGCUCUUAUUUUGUUUUGUUUUUUUUCCAGUUGGGUGAUUAUUUGUUGCUGUCUUGCAAGUGUUUGAGGGAUAAAUUUAUAUACAUUGUUUUGGUGAAAUGCAUUAAGACUGAUUUGAGUUUACUAAUGUGUUUA